AUGAAUGAUUUGAGAAAGAAAAUCGAGCAAACGACCCAAUUCAACUCGGUUUUUGGGCAAAUUUGGAACUAUACCAACUUUAUCGCCAGAUUAUUGCCCAUCAGUUUGACAAGAGAGCUUUUUGGCGAUGAAGCCCUUAAUUUCGCUACACCAACGAGUGGAUACACCGGAGCAAGAAAUUUCUGCUUCAACAAGUUUCAGCCAAUUAAUUUUCAACGAUUCUUUACGAUGCAGAUUCUUGCGAUAUCGCUUCCGCGACUUCUUUACUAUGGCUACGCGAUGCAAUUGACUGCUAAAUUGAGGGCGAAAAAGGCAGAUGAAAAGUAUACGAAACCGAUUAAAGAAAGAGUUGUCAGAAUUGACAACAGGGCAGAGACAGUUCCUUACAAAACCUCAAUGAUUGUUUGCAACAUCAUCUCGGGCAUCGUUUCCGUCGUCAUUGAAAUGGUCUUCCUAUAUCUUCUUUACAAGAUUCUCGACAAUCAGCACAACCACGAACCAAUGCCUUUCCACAAGAAAAUGAGACCUCCACAUGAGUAUCAUUGCACCGCCACACCAGAAGAAGUAAAGAGCUUCAUGGACACUUACCCAGUUCCUAAAGGAGAUGGCAUCAAAUUCACCGUUCCAAGAAGCUACGAGAAGGGCUUCAUGUUCGCCUACUUGUCAAUCAUGACUAUUGUUUCGAUAGUCUUCUUUAUCCUCGACGUAAUCACAAUCAGCCUCAAAGAAACGACGAGAAAAUCGAGAACUGCAAUUUCCAAAGUUCUCAGACCUACAUAA